AUGCUCACACCCACAAAAACCGGCCUCUCGACGCUCGCGCUGGCCGCGAGCUGCGGCGUGCGCUGCCUAGAGGUCCGCACUAGCUGCGGCGUUCGUUCGUCGCGCGCGAGGCGGCGCGUGUCGGCGCGCCGCGCCGGCGGCGACGGCGCGUGGGCGACGGUGCUCGACCUCGACGUGCCCGGUGCCGGCCGCAUCGUGGGCGUCGCGAUGCCGCAAGGCGUCGGCGUCGAGCGCGCGCGCGCGCCGCCAGCCGGGUCGCCGGUCCUCGCCGAGCUGGCGCCGGCCGAAGUCGCGUUUCCCCUCGACAACGCCUUCUCGGAACCUGCCGCGCGCGACUUCUGGGGCGGGCGCCUCGCGCUACGGCGCGCGGCCGCGGCGGCCGGCGUCGCCGCCGGCCCGGAGCCCUUGCUUCGAUUAGCGACCGGCGCGCCGCGCGCGCCCCCCGGCGCGGUCGCGUCCGUCUCGCACAAGCGGCCGCUUGCCGUAGCGCUCGCGCGCGCGGCCGAGGCCGCGCCGCGCGCGGGCGGCGUCGGCGUCGACGUCGAGCGCGCGCGCGAGCCGCGCGCCGGCGCCGCGCGCCUCGCGCGCCGCGUCGUUCGCGCCGACGAGCGCCGCGCCUACGCCUCGCUGCGCGGCGUCGUCGACGUGCGCGUCCGCGCGGCGCUCUUCUUCUCGCUCAAGGAGGCAGUCUACAAGGCCGUCGCCGGCGACGCGGCCGCGGGCCUCGCGCUACGCCACAUCCGCCUCGGCCCGUUCGUCGACGACGCUUGCGGCGUUCGCGUCGACAACGGCGUGCUGCCCGCCGGCGCCGCUGUCGACGCCAGGUGGCGCGUCGCGCGGAUUCCCGCCGGCGACGACCGCGUUUACUUCCUCUCGACCGCGACGUACCGUCGGGCGCCCGGGGCCUGA